AUGAGGGAAACUACUUGGCGCACACACAGGGGAAGCGGCAUCAGACAAACUUGGCCAAGUGAGAGGCUCGCGAAGCUAAGGAGGCNGGGAAACUACUUGGCGCACACGCAGGGGAAGCGGCAUCAGACAAACUUGGCCAAGCGGGAGGCUCGCGAAGCUAAGGAGGCACCGGCUCAGCCACAGCCGCAUAAGCUUAAAAUUGGUAGACCUGGAUACCGCGUGACCAAGCAAUUUGACCCAGAGACGAAACAGAGGUCUCUACUUUUCCAGGUGAGGACGCAGUUCCCCCUUCCCCUCUUCUUUCAAAUGAUAAUACACAUUGUCCGCUCUAUACUCUUCUAG